GCAAUUCAUGUUUUGAAGUGCUAUGAUUCAUUCAAAACGUGAGGCGCUGCUAUACCCCCUCGCGGGGAAAAUAGAAGGCGGGAGUCCGCGGACUCGUGCUCCUGCCGCCGAGUGCCGGCUUCCCGCCGAGGCCGGCUCGGGAGCAGCCAGAAAGAGGCCCUGUGCCAUCCGGCGCUGGAAGCACCCAGCCCUCCCGGAGGACCUUGUGCGCGCGCCAACCGGCUCCUGUGGGCGCUUGCAGCAUCCAGGUGAGGCGCCGGCCGGCUCGGGAUCGCGAAGGGUGGAGGGCGGGAAGCUAGCGAUCCUGACUUUUGGGGGCGUUGCCUUCCAGGAUCCCAGCAACCCUUUGCUGGGGGAGGGGGGAGGGAGGGCAAAAGGCGCCGAGCUUGCGCUGCAUGGGUGCUCUUUUCUGACUUAAAACAUUCCUUGCACUUUUAUUUACACGCUUGAAGUUGCUGUGAGCCUGCCUAGAUUCUCCUCCAAGGACAAAAACGUGAAUAAAGCAAUAUUUUAGCCAAACAUUUCUGUGUCAAUUAAGAAGAUGGCAAUUCGUUCCAGACUAUAAAUUCUCUUUCACAGCUCCCUAAGGUAUUCUUUUAAAUUGUUUUUCAACCUUGCGAGAUGUACAUCAUCAUGUGUGGGAGACUUGUAUAAAGUCAAUCAACUGAUA